GGUUCGCAAGACACCGAUUUCGUCAAUACGCGACCGACUAUCUGGAACCCUGACCCAAAGGCGAUAUCAGCACGAGGCUAUCCGCCAAACCACAAGGGGUUCUUCGUAUAUAGAUGUCUUCUGGUCGCUCCCCGCACCAGAUCAACGACUCGUUUCAACUCUCAGCUUAUCCAUCCAGCCGCAGCGACGCUGACGAUACCACCACGCUGCAUUCAGACAUACCAGUGAACAGCUCGCGCGUCAACCUUGUCGGCCGCGAUAUGACGUACAAUGGUGCCCCCGCCAGCGAGGACGAUCAUAACGUAUCGACUCCUAAGGCGAAGAACUUCAGGCAGAGUGGAGAGAAGCGGCCCCACUCAAGCAGAAAUCCGAGCUGGGAUAUGCUCGGAGGUGUUGGUCACCAGUUCAAUGAAGGAUUCGAAUUUAAGACGAGUACUGCAAAGGAAGAACAUUUGAGAUUCGCUGAAGGUGAUUUCGCCGUGACUCCGAUGUCGCGAUUCUAUGCCUACCUACUUAAUCUCUCCAUCUUCACGCGCUGGACGCUAUACAUUCUGCCCGUACUGGGCCUGCUCUGGAUCCCCGGUAUCCUAGGCUUGACCGUCGCGAAGGACGCGCGGAUGGCGACUGUACCCCUUCUGUACUGGUCCAUCUGGUUCAGUGUCGUCUGGGCCGGCUGGUGGGCGGCCUUCGCGACAGCUAUGAUCUUCCCCAGAGUUUUGCGCGCAACCGUCGGUGUCGUUCUUCUCGGCGCGCGCAAGUACAUCGACUUCCUCCAGGUGUGCGAGCGAUACGUCGCCUUCUUAGGCUGGUCGAUCGCGAUAUGGAUCUCAUUUACCCACAUGCUCGAGUUGUUCGCUCAGCCGACGAACCCACUCAACUCCGCCCUUACUACCAUCGCCGGCAUCUGCGAGGCUCUCUUCAUCUCCUCCGUGAUCCUCCUCGUCGAGAAACUCAUAAUCCAGUAUAUCGCCCUUGCUUUCCACGAGACGUCUUACGCCGACCGCCUGGCAGUGCAGAAGAUGAACGUAAAGAUCCUUGUUAUCCUUUAUCGUAACUCUUCCAACAUCCCGGGACGAUUGGAUACGAUGAAUGACGACCAGUCUAUGAUGUCUCGCAUGAACCCAAAGAAAGUGCUCAAGGACUUCCUUCACGGCGUGCGUAGUGUGGCCGAAACCUCUGCCACGGCACUCGGAAACAUCGCAACCGAAAUCGCCGGGGCUUCGGUGCUGCAGCCAAACUCGCCUGAAGGGCGUGUUCAGACCGCCCUGUCAAGCGCCAACAAGUCUCGUCUCCUCGCCAGGCGCUUGUACUACUCUUUCCGAAAUGAAGGCGCCAAGUCCGUCACUCUGAACGACAUUGCUCGUUUCUUCCCGGACUUUGAGACCGCCCAGCUCGCAUUCACAUUGUUCGACAAGGACGGGAACGGAGACGCCACUAGGGACGAGAUGGAAAUGGCCUGCAUGGAAACCCAUCGCGAGCGCUUGAGCCUCGCAGCGAGCAUGAAGAACCUUGACAGUGCCGUCGGGCGCCUGGAUGCGAUCCUCGUGUACAUCUGGUUCCUCGUCGCGAUUCUCGUCCUUAUCGCAUGCUUGGACACUACACUCUACACCUCCUUGUCCGCAUUUGGUGGCUCUCUCCUCGCUCUUUCUUGGCUCUUCGGUGGUACUGCCACCGAGAUUCUCUCGUCGAUCAUCUUCCUCUUCAUCAAGCACCCCUACGACUGCGGUGACCGCGUAGAUAUCGACGGAUACCAGUUCACCGUGAAGGAAAUCCAGCUCCUCAGCACGAUUUUCAUGACCACUGCCGGGAAGACCGUUCAAUGCUCUCACGCUGUACUCAACACCAAGUAUGUCGAGAACGUGCGCCGCAGCGGACAGAUGUCAGAAUCUUUCACCUUCGACGUGGACUUCAGCACGACCUUCGAACAACUGGAGAAGCUUCGCGCCAAGAUGCUCGCUUUUGUCACCGCAGAGAGGCGCGACUACCUUCCUGCGUUCGACGUCAUCGUCCAGGACAUCCCUGCACAGGGCAAGAUGUCACUCUCGGUGAUGAUCAAGUACAAGAGCAAUUGGCAGCAGGUGGCUCUCCACGCACAAAGGCACAACAAGUGGGUGUGUGCGCUCAAGGAAGCCAUGCACGAUUGCAAGAUCUUCGGGCCUGCUGGUGCCGGUAACCCGAGCCCGCCUGCUGCACCUCCUUCCCAAUACACCCUCGUUCCCUGGGAGGAGGCUAAGCCCGCCCCGCCUGAGCCUGCUCCGGCAUACCGCGAACCGCUUAUGCCCCGUGGCGACUGGAAUCUGAGCGACAGGAAUGCAGUUCUGAGGGACGACGAGCGGGACGUGUUUGGCGUCUCGGAUGAGCUGACAGGCGGUACUAUGCGCAGCGGAGGGAUCACCUCACCCUCCUCGACGCGUCCCAACACCCGGAGCAAUACACCCGAAGUUGGCAUGUCCUACGUUCGCGGUGGACAAGUGCCACCCGUUCCUUCCCUUCCAUCACAUGUCGCUGCUGGUGCGGGGCGUCGAAUGGCGAGCGGAUCUUCCGGAGAGGAGUUCGAGAUGCGGGGAGCUCCUCGUAUGACUCGCGCGCGGAGCGGGAGUGAGAUCUAAAUCAAAUGAUGAAAGCUACAUUGGACGGAGCAGCGGCUGGGCCCGCCGCCUCCUAGCAUUUCCUCUUUUUGGACUGUUUUGCUCACCUCUCAUAAUCAUACAUCGCAUAGCAUCGCAUGAAGGACUCUAAGCAUACACCGAAUGUCGAAUGUAGAUUGAAACGCUGUGUUUUACUUAGUGGUACAAGCGUGGAGCUUCUUUGGUGAAAUAU